AUGUCCUGCCUAGCUAUCACCUUCAUCGGUCCCAAAACCAAAAAUGGACGCAGACUCUUUGAAAACUUCGUUGAAGCGAACAAAAGCAGCUUCUGGAACAGAGAACUUGUUGAAGCUGUUGAUUCGGUGAUCUAUAUGGGAUUCAUGCGGCCCUCUACGUUAUUCGUCUCAGGACCCCAGAUUCACCUUCAAGCUGUUCGAACUGCAUGGGCUCGUCGUGUACUGAAACCAGCAGAAGGUUACUCGAUUUCAUCUCUGGGUGAGUCUUUUACUGUGUAA